AUGCAGUUGGGCGUAGCACCGACCGAGUCAAAGAUACUUGGAAUGCCAUGGAACAAAAGGGAAGAUACCUUGGGUGUUCAAUUGACCCGUGAAGAGAACAGCGCGACAACAAAACGGGAAAUCCUCAGACAUUUGGCUAAAGUUUAUGACCCCCUUGGCCUUGCUUCACCCUUGACAUUGCUAGGGAAGAUCAUCUAUCGAGACAUUUGUGAUGCAAAGCUCCCAUGGGAUGCUGAACUUGACGGCGUGCUGAAGUCACGAUGGUUGUCAUGGAAACGGAUGCUUCCUGAUAUGAUAACAGUCCCUAGACCAAUAGCUCGACAUCAGGAGCCAAUUACAGAUAUCCAACUUCAUGGAUUCGGCGACGCUAGCAAUCAAGGAGUCAGUGCGGUUGUAUACGCGCUCGCCAAACAAGACUCCGGAGACACCCAAACGUUAGUGGCUGCAAAGUCUCGCCUGGCGAAACGUGGACUUACCAUACCUCGGCUAGAAUUGGUCGCUGGUCAUAUGACAGCAAACCUGGUUAGCAACGUGGCGAAGGCGAUCGGUGAAGAAAGAGUGUCACAACAACAUGCAUGGCUUGACAGUACAGUCGCUCUGUAUUGGAUACGAGGCAUGGGGGAGUACCCACAGUUUGUGGCUAAUCGUGUCAUAAAAAUUCAAGCUCACUUCAACAUCGAAUGGCAUCACGUUCCUACUUCAGAGAACCCUGCUGACAUAGGUAGCAGAGGAGGGCAGCCAACAGAGAAAUGGCUAAAUGGUCCAACGUGGCUUGGUGAUGAAAUGAAAUGGCCUGAAAGCCCCCAUCUCCAUGCAUCCUCAGAAUCACAGUCUGAAGCCAAGGUAACUCGAGAAGUGUUAGCAGCCGCGGUGGCUGAGCCCGAGCGAGAUGAUCAUGUAAACCUACUUGAGAAGUAUACCUUGACAAAGACCCUGAGAAUCGGUGCGUGGGUCAAAAGAUUUAUAUAUAAUUGCAAGAAUGAGAGAGACAACCGAAUUGGAGGUCCUCUUCGUUAUGACGAAAUCCUGAAGGAAGAGAAGUGGUGGAUUGCUAAAGUCCAGAAGUUGAUUUCAGAAGAACGAGAAAAGCGUAAAGAUCUUAACCUGCAAACAAAUCAGGACGGACUGUUAGAAUGUCGCGGCAGAAUUGAGGGACAUUACCCACUGUACCUCCCGGAUGCUGCACUGUUUUCAACGAAGCUGGUCGAGCGGGAACACAGAGCAACCUUGCAUGGUGGAAUUUCGCUUACAAUGACUAGGAUAAGACAGCGUUACUGGAUUCCUAAAUUGCGCAGCCUCGUGAAACGGGUUCGAAGCAAUUGUUGGGGAUGCAAGCGAAGUCAAGCAAAACCAUUGGGAGACCCUUUAUCUGGUCCUCUUCCAAGCAGCAGGACAACGGGGAACACACCAUAUUCCGUGAUCUGUGUGGACUUUGCGGGUCCUAUUCUUUACCGUGCAAGCAAGAAAAUUGAAAGGAAAGCUUACUUAGUGGUUUUCUCGUGCAGUCUCACACGAGGAGUACACCUGGAACUGUUAAAGAGCCUUGAAACUGAAGAGUUUCUACAAAGUUUUAAACGCUUUAUUGCCCGACGAGGAAGACCUUCAGUCGUGUAUUCCGACAACGGAGCCACCUUUAAAGCGGCAGUAACAUGGCUAAGGACAGUUUGGAACGAAGAGAAAUUCCACGAAGCUCUUUGCAAGCUUGAGAUUGUUUGGCGAUUCAACCUCGCAAAAGCACCAUGGUGGGGUGGUCAAUACGAGCGCCUCAUCGGUAUCUUCAAAUCUAUGUUUCGUACGACAGUCGGGGGUGGACUCUUGUCCUUUUCCGAACUAGAAGAAAUCGUGCUCGACGUAGAAGUGUGCAUGAACAACCGUCCCCUAACAUACUUGGAGGAUGAUCCUCAGCUGCCUGUCUUGACACCAAACUCGUUUCUGUUCCAACAACCUACAGCAGUACCAGAGCUACAACCUCAUCAAUUAAAAGAGCGUGACCUGAAGAAACGUCUUAGGUUCCUUUGUACAACGAAAGAUGGACUAUGGAACCGCUGGACACGAGAGUAUCUCACAGGACUAAGGGAGAGACAUAAAAUUGUUCGUGGAUCUAAAGCAGAAUGCCCAAAUGUAGGAGAUGUUGUCAUUGUCAAGGGAGAAAACAAGAAUAGAAAUACCUGGAAACUGGGAAAGAUCGUCCGACUUAUUACCGGCAGAGACGGAGUGGUGCGAGGCGUAGAGUUACAAACGGGGAAUGGAAGACUGGAGCGACCGUUGCAACUAAUUUACCCUUUGGAACUUCAUUGCGACCAAGAGGCUGUCGAAUGGGAAGCUCCACCACUUAAUGCACAAGCGAAAGAAUUCAGACCUAAAAGGAAAGCGGCAGAGAAUGCAGCAGCGAAGAUCAAUAAAGUACUUGCGGAGGAAGAGGAGACAGUGAUAGAUUGA